CUCGGACGUGGGGUACUCACCCCAGGUUAUAAAGGUGAAUCCGAGGUAACCUCGCAAAGUCAGAUCAGCUACACUCAUUGCUUCAUACCCUUAUCCAUUCUUUGAAACAAAGUACGAUGACACCCGGUGCUACAGAGCUUCCCAGUAGGGACGCGCUCACUGCUAGAGCAGUCCCAUCCAUGGUCCUCAGCGAUGGCUCAUCAUUAUCUUUGACUGCACCACCAAGCAACACAAUCGCCAAUGAUCCCGCCGUUGGAGCUAAAGAGCGAUUUUCAGUGCGCGGCAACUUCAUCGUCACUGGAGGCACGGGUACUCUUGGCCUCGCUUCGUGUAACGCCCUGUUGGAACAUGGGCUCAAUGGCCUUGCGAUCCUUGAUGUCAAUCCUGCACAAGCCAAGCAGGAAGUCACGUUUCUUCAAGCUCGUUUUCCUCAUGCGAAAAUCACGACGAUGAAGGUCGAUGUUACAGACGAAAGGGCAGUACAAGACGGUGUCAAUGAGACAGUAGCGACUCUCGGCUCAGUUGACGGUCUCGUCUGCUUUGUGGGUGUUGUCGGUUGUGCCGAGACGCUGGAAAUACCAGUGUCUCAAUGGCGGAAGAUCAUCGAUAUCAACACGACAGGGUCAUUCAUCUGUGCGCAAUCUGUAGCCCGUCAGAUGGUCAAACAAGGCACAGGAGGGUCCAUCACCUUCACUUCAUCUAUCUCGGCACACCGCGUCAACUAUCCCCAGCCUCAGGCGGCUUAUAACGUCAGCAAAGCAGCCUUGUUGACGCUCAAGAACUGCCUGGCUGCGGAGUGGGCUCGUUAUGGCAUUCGCACAAACACUAUCAGUCCUGGAUAUAUGGACACCAUCUUGAAUGAGGGCGACGGAAUAUCUGGGCAUCGCAAGAUAUGGGCAGAACGUAACCCGAGUGGCCGUAUGGGUGCUCCUUGUGAGUUGACAGGUGCGGUGGUAUUGCUGGCAAGCUCAGCGGGAGCUUACAUGAACGGGACGGAUAUUGUCGUAGAUGGAGGGGCGAUCGUGUUCUAA